CACCACCACCACCACAGCAAACAGCAGGCAGGGCCCAGCUAGUGGCGGUGCCCAGCAUAACAACAGCCAGGCAAGAAGUAGCAAGUACGAGAGCGAGCACCCGAGAUCGCCUGGUGCCUAGAUCCUGGAGCCGAAGCGAGCGCCUUUGGAGUGUUGAGGGAGAUAUUCUGGAUGAGUUACGCAGUUAGCCGUGGUGGUGGGACGGGAGGGCCCAACGGGCUGCUGCCGGAAUAUAACUCCAUUGUCGGCGCUUGGGUGCUGGAGGUGUCCAGGUCUGAGACUAUGGAGGGCUAUUUGCGGUGCAUGAACGUCGCGGACUUGGCGAUUGAGGCGCAGAUGAAGGCGGAGCAGGACCACGAGAGCCGUAACGUGUUCGCCAUCGAGGGUACGAAACUCGUCAUCCACAAACGCACCAAGAUCAACCACUUCACGCAGAUAUAUGAGCUCGACAAGGAGAAAAUCACGGACGGCAGGAGCGGCCCCAAGCACUGCAUGGUGUCGCUUCCGAACCCGGGCUGCCUGGACGGCCUCGUGCUCACCACCUCCAUGCCCACCGCACAAGGCCAGAUGCAUCUCGUCGAGACCCGCCAACUUCUGGACAAGGGGCACGUACAUGCUCAGGAGUUGCAUCUGAGCAACCUGACUACGGGCGCGAGGUGUGUCACGAAGCGGACAUGGGUUCGCGUCGCGGUGACUCCCGUCGAUCAGGAGAGCGUGCUGCAAGAGAUGAACCUCCAGCCUUGAGGCAAAGGUUGACCAGAAGCCCCCGUCAGGCGACGAGGGCGAGCGAUGACGUAAUCAAAGGAAGGUAACCAACGUUUGCGGACAAUUAACCUUUGCCCCUUUACUUUGUGGACAAGUAACUGUGUAGUUCGGGUUAUGCCGGCUCAGCCUUUUGACCCUGUAAAGCUCGUUAUUCAUUUUUCCAGAAUGUUUUGUCCCGAGGAGCCAGCACCUCGAGUGUCGCAUUAGACCUGUUGAACGUCCCGUCAUAAUAGUUAUAUGUUAAGUGCGGGCAGUAUAGUCGAGUUCUUCCCGAUUUGCCGCACAUAGAUCCGUGGAGGUUGCAUACGUUACGUACAGCGUCGCCAACGGGUAUGUAUGCAAUUCUACUCUGCCGCCUGAGAGCACGUGCCACAGGGUAAGGUGCGGCAUGUUUUCUAGGUCGGUGUUUUCCCUCGCUGUAGAUACGAUAAAGUUGUUUCACUAGGCGUUUUCAUUUUUCUUAUUCUGUUGAUUGGCGGUGUGGCGGCGACCCAGGAGUCGCCAUGUGGGGUGCUGGGGGGGGUUCAUAAGUACGUGCAGCUUGUGAAACGGUUCAUGGGUUGUUGAACUAAGACUAUAUAUUGCCUGUUGCCGUUGUUCGAAAUUGCACGAACCUGUUGCAGGUUGGUACGCAUAUGCAUACAUUGGGUAAAAUUUUGUUGGGUUUGAAGUGCUGUGCGGGGUUGGUUUCCACGUAGGACUCUACUGGCGAAGGUACUUUCGAAUCGUAGCCUCAUUUUGUGUGAUUGUUGGAACGCUCGGAAAUUGGAAGUUCUCUGUCGUGUGUUGCGUGGUAUCUAGGGGGGGUUAGCAAAUGGUAACGUUCUUCAGAAGGGCUGUUCGAGUUGUUAAUUUUUCGAUUUUUCUAGCUGUAGUUCAAACUGCUGUUUGGUUACUUUAUUUUUGUUUCGGACCGCGAUGCUCUUAUCGAAAUUGUUUGGGCUUGAUGAUCUCGCAUCCUUCUUUGGGAAAGAAGUACUCUGGGACAGUGAUGAAUGGC